UUAUCACAAUAUCACCAAGACGAGAAAGACAAUGUUUAUAGCGUAGCGACCAGCCGAAUUGCUUGCCGAUCAGCUGGAGAGAAAGUUGUUGCCUGAAACAAGCAAGAGACGAGAGCGUUUGCCAGCAACAAGUGACGACAUGUGUGAUCGCGCUCCUCAGUUCAAAAUUUCAACUCGUGGCGGAUGCUCGCGACGGCGGAAUAAUGGCGAUGGGAUUGUGAAUUUCGUUCGUUGUUGUUGAGCCGCUCUAUUAAUUUAAUUGACAAUUGCUGCUGCUGAUCUUUGCGACGUAACAUCUCUUCAAAAGAAUGUUUUCUUCUAAAGAAUCGCGUAUUUAUGUAUAUAUGUAGAUAUUCGUAUUUACCAAACUCGAUUACACCUUAUAAAUAAAAAUUAAAGAGACAAAGAUAAAUACAACGAAAUCGACGAGAGAAAUAAAGAAGUUCUGUCGAAGCGGGCUUGAAUGUCGUAAAACUAAUUUAUUUCAAUGCCGAAUUAAAGAAAUAACUCCAUUGCUCUCUGCUGCAACCCACAAAAUCGGAGAAACAAAUUGAGAUAGAGAGAGAGACGGAAGAAGAGAGUGCAGUAACAAAAUGAAGAAUCGACAACGGCAGCGGCGAAUAUCGCUAAAUGAAAACUACCACAACGGCAACAAACACUUGAGCAACAGCUACAACAAUAAUAACAACAACAACAUUGAUAUACAAAUUUUUACCAAUACAAAAGAACCCAAUCAAGUCAAUUUAAAUUCAUAUUUGGCGUCAGCAACAGUGACAACGACAAUAGCAACAACGACCUCGUCGGAGGGUCACAAUCCGUGUCCGAUAUCAGCAUCUCCAGCUACAGAUACAGCCACUGAGAUACCACAGGAAAAACAUCUAAAGCAACAACAACAACAAGAGACAUAUAUUAUUAUGUCGCCCACUAUAGCGGCACAUUCUUCCUCCUCCAUAUCAUCCAUCGCCACUUACUACUCGUCGGCCAAAUUACGAAAAUCGCACUCCACACCGAUUCUUCAAUACUGCGACGGCAGCAAUGUUGGGCAACAAGCCCCGGAUUCAAAAAAACUAAAUGCCAGUUGUGGCUUAACUUCCACCCAUCAGCAGCUUAAGGUGCAACAACAGCACCAGCUCCAUCAUGAUCAAUUUUCACGGUUCAUCGGGAACGAGACUGGCAACAGCGUCAACUGCAAUAACAAUUCCGAUUCCAAUAAUAUAGCAAAUGCGACACCAGAGUCAUUGCGCUUCGGAUGCACACAUUAUAAACGUCGAGCCAUGUUUGUGACGCCCUGCUGUAGUAAAUUCUACAAGUGCCGUUUUUGCCACGAUGAAAAUGAAACGUCGCAUCAUUUUGAUCGCAAGACGCUCACAGAACUAAUUUGUUCGGAGUGCAACACACGACAAAAAGUCCAGGAGCAGUGCGAAAAGUGUGGAGUACGCUUUGGAAAAUACACUUGCCUCAUUUGCAAUCUAUUCGACGAUGCGGAUAAGCAGCAAUUUCAUUGUCAUGGAUGCGGCAUCUGCCGCAUUGGCGGAGCUGACAAUUUCUUUCAUUGCGAAGUUUGCAACAUGUGUCUGCCGAUACAGUUAAAGAUUGAUGGUCACAGGUGCGUUGAGAACAUUUCACGGUCUAAUUGUCCUGUAUGUUUAGGCGACAUUCAUACUUCCCGCAUUCCAUGCCAUAUUCCCGACUGCGGCCAUUUGCUCCACAAGUUGUGCUUUGAUCAAUUGUUAGCAUCUGGUCACUAUACCUGCCCCACGUGUCAGACCUCACUGAUCGAUAUGACGGCACUUUGGGAGUAUUUGGAUGCCCAGGCCUUGCGCAUGCCCGUGUCGCUAAAAUACGAGAACCAGCGUGUGCACAUUUUCUGCAACGAUUGUCACAAGACGUCCAAAACGAAAUUCCACUUCAUCGGCCUUAAGUGCGCACACUGCGGCGCCUACAAUACCACGCAGGAUGUAAAGCGUCGACUAUCUCUGGUUACCGAUGAGCCUUCCUCGGCAUGACACUCGCUUCUCCUCUAUCCGCUUAACAGAAAAUCUCUUGCCAUGCUCCCGCACAUGAUGAAACUAAAUUUUUAAAACUGAAGUCGAAACGUAUUGAAUUUAGACCAAAUUCGAGCUGGUAUCGAAUAUGCAUAUAUAAAAUUAGACACAAAAGGCUCUUUAAAGCAUUAGAGAGUAUUUAACAUUGGUAAAUUCUUAUUAGUAAGCCGUAUGUUAUUACCUUUAAAAGAAACAAAACAUUGUCCUCGAAUUUGAAUAUAGAUUUCUUGCAUCGUUAUUGUUAGGAAUUUCGAAUUUUCUAUUAAAAUUUGUACAAUUUCAUCCAAGUAUAUUUGGCAUUUAAAACGCCUAUCUAAAUAAAUCUGUCUUACAUUAG